AUGUCUUUAGCUUAUAACGCGCAGUUUUCCGUCCUGGCUAGAGCAGGCAUCCCACGGCGGAAUAAGAAUGAUCCGUUGACACUGGAAGGUUGUGGCUAUGGCCUACAUCCUGCUUCUGGAGGUGACAGAAUCGUUGGAGGAGAAACUGCUCGCCAUGGGCAGUAUCCUUGGAUGGUCUCCUUGUACAGACACAACAAUGGUUUCGAACACUGGUGUGGAGCAACCAUUUUAAACGAGCAUUGGGUGGUUACUGCUGCACAUUGCAUACAAUUCCCUAAUGAACCAUGGAGGUAUAAAAUAUUUGCCGGUAUGCAUAAAUUAUCUCAAGAUGACGGUCCUACAGUUAGAAACCAUGAAGUUUCUGAAGUUUAUGUUCAUGAGAAAUUCGGCAGACAUUCAAUCGGAAACGACAUUGCUUUACUGAAGCUGAAAAAGCCACUAAAUAUAAAAGACGCUGGUGGCUACAUUAAUGGCAUUUGCUUGCCAAAGAACAGAGACGACCCAAUGGGAUUUGCCAGAGCAACAGGCUGGGGUGAUACAACUCAUGGUGGAGAAGGAUCUGACAUCUUAAAACAAGUGCUGCUUCCUAUUGUUGAUCGUGAUACUUGUAACCAGAUAUAUGGAAACUAUAUCGAACGAUAUCCUAUAUUAUCACAAAUGAUCUGCGCAGGGCAACGAGGACGGGACACAUGCCAGGCGGAUUCGGGAGGACCUCUUUUCCAGACCGAUGACCACGGUGUGUCCACAUUGAUCGGAAUCACUUCUUUUGGAACAGGAUGCGGAGAUAGCCAUCCGGGAGUGUACACCAAAAUCGCCGAAUUCCGUGAUUGGAUGACGAAAAUCAUCAUUACUUAGGUCGUUCAUGAUGAAAUAGGAAAAGAAAAGAAAUUACCAGUUCAUUAAUUGCAUGUAUUAAGGGAUUCAAUAAAGACAGA